AUGGGACGUUUAACAAGGGUUUUUGAUAAAAACCAAGUGGAAUUCCCAUUAACAGCUGGGCGAGACUUUGCAGGAGAGGUGGUGUAUGUGGGUCAGGGAGUGAAGACUGUGAAAAUUGGGGAUAAAGUGUUUGGUGUGGUCAGCCCACAAAAUCAAGGCUCACAUGCAGAGUAUGUUGUGACUUCAGCAUGUAAUGUUUGUCUAGUGCCUGAGAAUGUUAGUGCUGAAGAGGCUGCAUCCAUCCCAUACACUGGGCUGGUGGCAUGGAGUGCUGUGACGGUGUCUGGCAUGCUGACAGCCGGUACAGCACCACGGUCACGUGUCUUGGUUAUUGGGGCCUCAGGUGGUGUGGGCACCUUCCUCUGUCAGCUUCUUUCAGUAUGGGAAACUCAGGUUGUUGGCCUCUGUCGGUCAGAUGCACAAGAAAUGGUGGCAAGUUUUGGUGUAGAAGCUUUGGAUUACAGAGAUCCAGCUACCAAGGAUAUGCUUAUUGCAGAUGGAGGUUUUGAUCUUGUGAUUAAUGCCUCUGGUGUAAAUGACAUAGACUACAUGAAAGCAUUGAAGCCCUGGAUGGGAGCUUCCUAUGUUACCCUCUCCCCUCCCUUGUUACGAAAUAUAGAUGACAUGGGAAUGGUGAAUGGCCUCUUUAAGAGUGCAAAAGACCUCUUGUGCAAGAAUGCAGCCGCCUUGUCAGAAGGUCGAACUUACAGAUGGUGUUUCUUUAUGCCCAACCCAAAUGCCCUAAAACAAAUCACAGAAAUGUUAGCCAGCCACAAGAUUCGACCAGUGAUUGAUAAAGUCUUCCCAUUUGGUGAAACACCAGAAGCAUAUCAUUAUGUCAUUAAUGGUCAUGCUAGAGGAAAGACCAUCAUCAGCAUGUCUUGUUGAAAGGGGCUAGGUGAUUAGCAGUUAAUUAACAUACGUACCUAGAAUUUCUGAAUAAAGUUGAAGAUGUUUGACACUUGAAGUAAAUACCUACCAUAUUGUUUUGUGUCUGUAAUCCUCAGAAAGUUAUUGUAAAAAGUAAGAAGAGUGAUCAUAUUGAUUUGAUACUACUGUGAACCCUAUACCAAUCACUGGAUCCAGUGGCUGAGCUAUGACUGUAGUCUAAGCAAGUUGCAGCAGUAACAAUUUGUUACAAAUCAUUACUGCUGUAACCAUAAAAACAGUGAUAGUGAAAACUUAUCAAAAUUUGAAUAUUUACAAUGUUACAUAUUUUUCUUUGAAAUUUGCAAUCAUACCCAUACUUUAGGCAGUAGUUAGUAGGCUACAGAUGCAUCAGUGGUUCAAAGGACUGGGUUGUUUACAGGGUUGUUUAGUACUUUGUUGUUUAUAUUAUGCAAAAAUAUUGUGUAAUUAAGACACUUAUGCAACACUAGAACAUUUGUAUUACAACCCAGGAGUCCCAAAGGCCUGUUAUCCUGGGUGUAAAGGGAGCAAAAUAAACACAGCAGAAAAAC